GUACAUAUAAACCCACCCGCCCCGGCUCGCCUCUCCCAACACAGCAUCAAGCAACCUCACUUGCUACUACAAGCGAUCAGCGAUCAGUGACCGCGCGCUCUCUCGAGGGAGAAAGAGAAGACCAGACCAGGAGUCAGGAGAUGGCAGGUGCGGCGAAGGCGUCGUGGAUGGUGGCGAUGAGCGUGGGCGCGGUGGAGGCGCUCAAGGACCAGGCGGGCCUAUGCCGCUGGAACUACGCGCUGCGGUCCGUCCACCGGACCGCCAAGGCCAACGUGCGCAGCAGCCUCGCCGCGCAGGCCAAGAAGCUGGCCCCGCCGGCGGCGACGACGGCGGAGACGAGACGGGCGGACAAGGCCGCGGAGGAGGGGAUGAGGACCGUCAUGUACCUCAGCUGCUGGGGACCUAACUAAGUAACUAGCCGUAGUUGGAGUUCGUCUUGUUCUUCUUCAGCGACCGAGCUGGGCUUGUGACCUUUGCCGGUGUGGCUCACCCUGAUUAUUGUAAAUGUAUGACGACGAUUGGAUGAUGAUGAAAAGUUCAGCCACUUAAUUCGAGUGUAAUCUACUGUGUAUGAUCGAGUGACCAUUCUGAUUCUGUACACUGGCGUGAAAUCUGGAAGCUUUGAGUUCGAAGACA